AUGUCUGGACGUGGUAAAGGUGGCAAAGGAGGAAAGAGUGGUGCAAAACGAUUUCGAAAGAUAUUAAUUGACAAUAUACAAGGAAUUACUAAGCCAGCAAUAAGAAGACUAUGUCGAAGAGGAGGUGUUCGAAGAAUUUCUGGAAAAAUUUACGAGGAGACACGUUCUGUCCUUAAAAUUUUUAUUGAGCAAACUGUUCGUGAUUGUAUUUCUUACACUGAACAUGCCAAAAGAAAAACUGUUAUCGCAAUGGACGUUGUUAAUGCCUUGAAACGUCAAGGGUUCAAUGAGGAAUUACUCAACGAGAAUGAAACAGCAUACAAGUUAAGGAAAAUUGAGAAGAAUCUACUUGAGAACAUUGAAAACAAAUUCAAUUUCAACAAUUGUAGCAUACCCUUGGAAUAG